GACUGUGAUGAUAAUGCCGAUGAGAGUGGAUGUGAGAGUGGUCUGAGAGAAUGUGGCCCAGGAGAGUGGUCGUGUUCUUUGUCUGGUCAGUGCAUUCCUAUAGAUAAGGUUUGCGAUGGGACAGUUCACUGCCGCUUUGGAGAAGAUGAAAAUAAUGCCACGACUGGACGGAACUGUAGUACAAGUAAUUGUGCAGCACUGAGCUGUCAGCAUCGCUGCCACGCAUCUCCCUCUGGUGGUGUUUGUUAUUGCCCUUCAGGAUAUAUAAUCAGCAUUAAUGACAGCAGAACAUGUGUUGAUUUUAAUGACUGUCAAGUAUGGGGCAUAUGUGAUCAGCUUUGUGAAGACCGGAUGGGCAGUCACCGCUGCAGUUGUGUGGAUGGGUAUAUCUUGGAGCAUAAUAAGCACUGCAGAGCCAACACGUCCGCUGGUGCACCCUGGAUUAUUUUCUCCAAUGGGCGAGAUUUACUAAUCGGUGACAUCCAUGGAAACAGCUAUCGAACAUUAGUGCAGUCACAGAACCGGGGAACGGCUGUAGGAGUGGAUUUUCAUUUUCAGUUACGACGA